GGAUUACCACGAAAGCCCAUUGAAGCGCUCACGCCUCACGACAUAUCGACUGGAGCAAAUAUCCCCACCGGCCACACAGAUCCCUUUCGUUCUCUGCAAAGUGCCGACCCCCAUCAUCUUUCUAAAUUCUAACCUUUUUAUCUCUAUUCUUCUCCAUAAUUUUUGGAGUGGCCUUCAAUUCCCAUAAAAGGGUCCCUGUUUUUACGGGUUCUUUUUGUGGUUGAAUCAUCUUUCACGAGGUAAGCAGAGAGAGUCAAACGUCUAAUGUGAUCAAAUUUCUCAUUUCUGUUUUAUCUUUUCGGAAGGCAGAGUUCUGGAAAUUAAUAUCGAUGAUCAUCAACUAUGUAUUGAGACAUGGUUUAAAUUUACACUUUUCUGGAUUUAGUCUGUUGACUUACUUGAAGUUGUUGAAUCUGAUGGGGGUUUUGAGAUUGUUGGGAAGGAGGUACUAAAAGCUUCUUAAACCCGAUCAUUGAAACUUCUAUGAUCUUUUGAUGUUGGAUAAGGAUAGAAGUAGAACGGAGUAAGGUUUUUGUGUAUUUGGGGAUGCCAAUGGCGGCUGAUACUGAUUGUUCAAACCCAUUCACCAGAUCAGAAGGUAGUUAUAAUAAGACUAGUGUUGUGUCCCCUGCAAAUGUUGAAUCUCAAGAGGAUUCGGAUGACUGGAAGCAACUAAGUGGUAAACCUCCCCUCCAUUUUCGGGUCGAGCGGCUUUCUAUAAGCUCUGAGACACUUCAAGCCUCAACUGAUUCGGAUUUCGAGGUUGGUAUCAAGGAAAUAGAAUGCACCUCAGAAGGAAAAUUGGGAUAUCUACCUGUAUUUCGAUCGGGAAGUUGUGCUGAGAUAGGACCGAAGCAGUACAUGGAGGAUGAACACAUCCGGAUAGAUAAUUUAUUGGAGUAUCUGGGAGAAUCUUCUAGUGUCACUUCUCCUGGAGCGUUUUAUGGAGUUUUUGAUGGGCAUGGAGGAACAGAUGCAGCAUUGUUUGUUAGGAAUAAUAUUCUCAAGUUUAUAUUAGAGGACUCUUUUUUCCCAAUUUGUUUGGAAAAGGCAAUCAAGAAUGCUUUUCUGAAAGCUGAUUAUGCCUUUGUUGAUGAUAGCUCUGUCGAUACAUCUUCUGGCACAACUGCACUCACUGCUCUCUUAUGUGAACGAUUGGAAUUUAUUCAAUUCAAGCUCCAGAAGAUACGUUGAAAGACAGAAGUAUCGGUCUAGAACUCGAAUGAUUGAAAAAUAUAAAUCAAGGAGCUAAAAUAUCACAGGAGAUUGGUGAUUGCAAAUGCGGGGGAUUGCCGGGCAGUUCUGGGUAAACGGGGAAGAGCUUAUGAGCUGUCGAAGGACCACAAACCAGACAGUGUGCCAGAAAGGCGGAGAAUAGAAAAACUGGGAGGUGCUAUAUAUAACGGCUACUUGAACGGCCAACUGUCGGUAGCGCGUGCCUUGGGUGACUGGCACAUGAAGGGUCCGAAGGGGUCGGCGUGUCCGCUGAGUGGUGAGCCGGAGGUGCAAGAGACCAUGUUAAGUGAGGAGGACGAGUUCCUAAUCAUGGGCUGUGACGGUCUGUGGGACGUCAUGAGCAGUCAGUGUGCGGUCACAAUGGCGAGAAAGGAACUCAUGGCCCACAACGAUCCCGAGAGGUGCUCCAGAGGGCUUGUGAGGGAAGCCCUUAAGCGCAACACGUGUGACAAUUUGACGGUCAUCGUGGUUUGUUUCUCACCUGAUCCUCCACCCCAUUUCGAAACAUUGGGCAGAGCCCGUUGACUUGCUGAAGGCUCAAAUGCGGCUCUUAUUAAAGGUGGCGCGGCUGCUGUCAUGAUGUGAAUUGACUAUUAGUUAUUGUUGCCUUGUUGAGUUGUUGGACUUACUCGCUUCUCCUUUCUGUCUGUAGUGGGAUGGACUUCUCUUGUAUGUAUAAUUGUAGAAUGGAUUUUUUCUUUCUUUUAUGUAUAGAUAGAAGAUGAAGGCUCUUGAUCAUAUGUACUCCGUAGUUUUUACCGUCAGCUUUUGCAGUUCCC